UCACAGCAUUCUGAAAAAUGUGCUCCGAUUGGCCAGCAUUCUAGAGCGCGGGAAACAGUGCGCUGUGAUUGGAGUACGCCCAAAAUAAAGCUUCGCGAUUGGUUGCUGCGCGAACCAAUGAGCAAGCAGUUGAAACUACAAUUUUUUGGGAGAGGGUUUUGGGAGAGGAGUGCUAUGAAGCAGAGGCAGUGCAAGGCGAAAACGCGCUCCUGCAGCGCCCCCCAAGCGGAGAGGACUGGCACUUGCUUUGAUUUUCUGCUUCUCGAUGCGCUGACUCCCUCACUCACUCAGUGUUCGUUGGUUUGUUCGGUUGUCCACUUCUCACCUCCACCAAGAUGUCUGGGCGCGGAAAAGGAGGCAAGGCAAAGGGCAAGAGCAAGACCCGUUCCAGCCGCGCGGGGCUCCAGUUUCCCGUGGGAAGGAUCCACCGACUACUGCGAAAGGGCAACUACGCGGAGCGAGUAGGUGCCGGUGCCCCCGUCUACUUGGCGGCCGUACUCGAGUACCUGGCUGCCGAAGUGCUCGAGCUGGCAGGAAACGCGGCCAGAGACAACAAGAAAACUAGGAUCAUCCCUCGACACCUGCAGCUGGCCAUUCGCAACGACGAAGAGCUCAACAAGCUGCUGUCCGGCGUUACCAUCGCGCAAGGAGGUGUCCUGCCCAACAUCCAGGCCGUCCUCCUUCCCAAGAAGACCGAGAAGAAGGCGUAAACCAUCCCGCGGCAUCCGCUACAGAAAAACGGUCCUUUUCAGGACCACUCAUGACUUGAGUACAGGAUACUCAUUUCCGUGCGCUAGUCUUCCGUGUCUCUAAACGCUCGGGUAUGUGCAUUUCAAUUUCCUUUUUGUGCAAUGCCGACAGUGUUUCUCUUUCAUCACCUACAGGCCUUGAAUGCCACUCUUAGGCAUUCUCCCAUGCAUAAUAUUUACGCUGCGUUUAAUGCCAAAUUCUUUCACGUGUGCGAAUUGCCCGAACAAGACUUGCUGUCGGGCGCAAAGGCCAGCAUUGCUUGUUAUUUGAACUCGUAAAACCACCGCUGCACUGCCUCGCUUUGAGAGGAUUUGAAGCUGUUUCUACGAGAGUCAACAAUCGGAGCAGCAUUUCCCCGAAACCGGCAGAGGGCAAUAAAUGUUGUGGACAUCCCUCAAAAACAGAUAAUUACUCCACGGGUUUUUGUUGGUCGAAUCUAUAAUCGUGAUAUUCGCUGAUUGCUAGAAAAUGAACCCUGUAAUGUCUCGGGAAAGGUUUUUUUCUUCUUUAUUUAUUUCAUUCAACAACACUUUAGAAAACAAGGAACACAUGAAGGAAUCGUUGGAAGCAACUGCGAACGGA